AUGCCUAUCAACGGCGUGGUUCCCACAAUCCUGACCCAAACUGCUGACGUGGGUUUAUCAGCCGAAGGGGCGUCACCAUGUGACAACGGAUUCCUUUAUUUUCUGAGUCCAGCAGGGCCGUACACGUUGUGGCAUGUACGUGAAUAUGAGCACAUUUCCCCAAGCUUGUGUUUUUUUAAAAUAGAAAACCGGGAGGAUAUACUGAAUGCCAGCGACAAAUUAACAGAGGUCCUUGAAGAGGCCAACACUCUGUUUAACGAAGUGUCUCGAGCAAGAGAAGCAGUCCUGGAUGCCCACUUUCUUGUUUUGGCUUCAGAUUUGGGCAAAGAAAAAGCAAAACAACUGCGUUCUGAUCUGAACUCAUUCGAUAUGUUAAGAUAUGUUGAAACUCUACUGACACACAUGGGUGUAAAUCCGCUCGAAGCUGAAGAACUCAUCCAUGAUGAAGAUGGUUCUGAUUUUGAAUUCAUAGUCUAUGACUCCUGGAAAAUAUCAGGCAAAACAGCAGAAAACACCUUUAAUAAAACCCAUACAUUCCACUUUCUGUUGGGUUCAAUACAAGGAGAAUUUCCUGUGCCAAAGCCACGAACUGAUCGUCCAAGAAAAGUUCGUACGAUAGAAGAGCGGCGGGAGAUGCCUGCCCAGUUAAAAAGAAUGGAAGAAUCUCAUCAAGAAGCAACAGAAAAAGAAGUAGAAAGAAUCUUGGGAUUACUGCAAACCUAUUUUCGAGAAGAUCCUGAUACUCCUAUGUCCUUCUUUGACUUUGUGGUUGAUCCACACUCUUUUCCCCGGACGGUGGAAAACAUCUUUCAUGUCUCCUUCAUUAUCAGGGAUGGUUUUGCAAGGAUAAAACUUGACCAAGAUCGACUGCCAAUUAUAGAGCCUAUUGAUAUUAAUGAAGAAAGCGAGGGCAUCGACCAGAACACCCAAGUUAGAAAUCAAGGAAUCAUAGCUUUGAGUUACCGCGACUGGGAGGAGAUUGUGAAGACCUUCGAGAUCUCAGAGCCUGUGAUUACGUCGGGCCAGAGCCAGCAGAGGCUAAGUGUUUGACGCCAGCUGCAGGACUCAAGUGGAUAGUGAAAUCCCAAAAGAAGAGCAGCAUGUAUUGUAUAUAUUGUAUGAUUAAACAUUUUUAAAGACAGAUUGCUUUUAGUAAAAUGUAGCUUUUGAUAGUGAAUGAAUUUGUCAUGGUUGUCUUUGAUUAAAGGAAAUUCACUGCCAUAUUCACAAAUAA